CGUCAUCACAGAGCGACACUUUAUACACGAGGCCCCCUGAAACCGCCCUAUCUCGUAUUAACGCAGCUGGUAUAGAGGAGAAUGUGGCUCAGGACAGAGACAAGCGGCGCUAACUCGUAUAUAAAUACAUAAAUGGUUAGCUGCUUAGGUAAUGGGUAAAGCAUGAGAGAAGAGAGAGUGUAUAUAUAGCUCUCGGUAUACAGUGAUACAGACCAGUCAGGCAGCUCCGGGCAGCCCCCCGGGGUCCUUUCGUGCCGGCUUGUCCUUGUGCGUCUUCUCAUGUUGUGAGUUCAGGUGCGGUGCAGCGUGUAGGUGUCACGUGAUCACCUGCCAUACAGAAUGAGUCCUAACAAAGUUCGGUAUCUCCUAUUCUUUCAAUACUUUGGAACAAAAUAUAGCGGAGUGGUCCGAGUGCCAGAAACUCAAGCAGUUUUAGGAGUGGAAAAUUAUUUGGAGAGGGCAGCACAGAAGCUCAGGCCUGUCGGCAAAGUGACAUUCUCCAUCUCCAGCCGUACAGAUGCGGGAGUCCAUGCGAUCUGUAAUUCUGCACAUGUAGAUAUUGAAAGGCCCCCAGAUAAACCUUCAUUCUCAGAAGACUUAUUGGUGAAAGCUUUGAAUUUCCAUCUAAUGCCGGAACCCAUCAGCAUAAUAAAAGCCAUCCGUGUCAGUGAGGACUUUCAUGCCCGUUUCAAGGCGAUUUCUCGCAAGUACUUUUACCGAGUAGUCACCGGAUGUCACUACACAGAUUUGCCAGUGUUUGAACGCAAUCUAUGCUGGGCGGCAAGUGAAAGUCAUCUCGAUAUUCCACGGAUUCAGGAAGCUGCCCAGUUUUUUGUCGGCACUCAUGAUUUUAGCGGCUUCAGGUCCACAAAUAAGGAUACACCGCUCAAGUCUCCAGUGAAGACUUUACUGCAGGCAUCUAUAUCCCCAUCCACCAGCCUUUUACCAAAUCAUAACAGUAACCUUCAGUUUUGGGAGUUUACCUUCAAAAGUAAAUCUUUUGCUUACAACCAGGUGAGGAGGAUGACCAGCGCUCUGGUCGCUGUAGGUUUGGGUCAUCUCACACCUCAAGACAUUAAACUUCACUUGGAAGAACGAAGGCGACCGGUGUUUCCGAGAACUAUUAUUGCUCCACCGUCUGGACUGUUCCUCAAAGAAGUGAAAUAUGACGAAGAAGAUAUGAAGAGUUACACGACGGAGUCGAGAAGACGCUCUCCAGGAGACACGUGAAUGGGACACAGAACACAGAUUUGUCUUUUUUUUUUUUUUAAAUGUAAUAUAAUUCUCUAAAUACAGAAGAAUUUUGUACUUUAUUGCAUUUUUUGCAAAUAAAAAAAUACUGGCUUGUAUGGUGCGCAGCAGCGGAUGUCACAUGGCGGGAAUUCAAUCCUAUUCACGUUAAUGGGUCCGAGCCGCACGCUCAAGAGAAAAAACAGUUCUAUGCACCAUCUUGUCUCAAAAGGGCAAACACCACAACCCCUUCAUCUCAAUAUGGUGUGGGGUACGAGCCCCAUUAUUCACACACUAACUCUGAAAACACAGCAUCUUUGUUAAAAAAUAAAUAAAUAAAAAUAACGCCAUACACAUUGCAUUUUUUGGGAACAAAAAAGCUGCGGGAGUCAAUAGGGAAAUAUGUCCCUACCUUACUGCUCCUUUUUGUAUUUGGACCCUUUUAGGUUUUUAUGUCUGCCUGGACUAUACUGGGAAAAGCUUAGACCUUAUCCUAGGGAGAUGACUUUUAAGAUUUAAUACUUUUUCAUUUCUCUGUAUCUGCUGAGAUUUUUAGUUUAACCUCUUAAGGACCAAGGACGUACCGGUACGUCAUGAGUCCUUUCCCUUUCUAUAAUGCGGGGCCACGAUGGCCCC